UUUCUUGCUCCAGCUUCGAAAAAUCAAAAUCUCUCUGUUUCACUUCCAAACAGGACACGCUCCUCCAUUCCCAAUCCCCAUCACAAAAAAUGUCUUCCAUCACUUCUUUCAAUCAAUUCUCAUACACAAUAAAGUCUAAAACCUUUCAACAUCCUCAAUUCGGCACUAAAGUUUCAAAUUCUGCCGUGAAUUUCACCGAUUUCGGACUGAAAAAGCCGCUCCAAAGUUCUAUUUCAAUCAAAGAAUCGUCAAAGAAAAGGCCUGGGUUUGUAGUCCUGGUGGCUGCAGGCGAUGAUUAUGGCCCAGAGGAGGAAGCAGCCGGGGUUGCGGUGGCGGAGGAGGAGCCGCCAAAGGAGCCGACGGAGAUUGAUAUCUUGAAGAAACGGUUGGUGGACUCCUUUUAUGGAACCGAUAGAGGAUUGAGUGCCAGCAGCGAGACGAGGGCGGAGGUGGUGGAGCUGAUCACCCAGCUGGAGGCUAAAAACCCAACUCCGGCUCCAACUGAGGCGCUGACUCUGCUCAAUGGCAAAUGGAUUCUUGCGUACACGUCUUUUAUUGGAUUGUUUCCUUUGUUGUCGAGAGGCACACUGCCCUUGGUGAAGGUGGAGGAGAUAUCACAGACCAUUGACUCAGAGGCUUUCACUGUUGAGAAUGUCGUCCAGUUUGCUGGGCCAUUGGCUACGACUUCCAUUACUACAAAUGCCAAAUUUGAAGUCCGCAGUCCCAAGCGCGUGCAGAUAAAGUUUGAAGAAGGUGUCAUUGGAACUCCCCAGUUGACAGACUCCAUUGAGCUGCCAGAAAGUGUGGAGCUUCUGGGACAAAAGAUCGAUCUUAACCCCGUUAAGGGCUUGCUUACUUCUGUCCAGGACACAGCAUCCUCAGUCGCAAAGUCCAUUUCUAGCCGACCACCACUGAAAUUCUCUCUUUCUAAUAGGAAUGCCGAGUCGUGGCUUCUCACCACAUACCUGGAUGAUGAGCUUCGGAUUUCAAGGGGAGAUGGAGGCAGUAUUUUUGUGCUUAUCAAGGAAGGCAGCCCUCUUCUGAAACCUUAGACUGCUUACUGAAUUGUUACCUAUAAUGUUCCUUCCUUUACCUGUCUGUAAAACUAGAUGUAACUAUCAAGUACACUGGAUAUGUAUGAAAGGAAAUUCUUAUGACUAA